GAUUUACUGCUGUAUCCGAGUAGCGCUGAAUUCGAAUCGUUCACAAUAAAUGAGCCUCACAUUCGCAUCGCAUUUGCUCGAGGUAAUUUUCAGUUAAUUGAUAGCUCCGGCAACGCUAUGGGAGGAAACAUUCUUUUUGGUAGCGUGUUAAGUAAUAAUGGUGACUCGAGCACUCUAUAUGAAACUUUAAAGAGCACCAAACCGGGAGUGAGACAUUAUGGAGAAAGUUUUCAUAACUAUACAUUAAUACGACACAAAGAUCGAAUAAUAUAUAAAGUAGAUGAGGAAACUUAUGGAAAAAUUGACAAUCCAGCGGUUUUGGCGGACAUAAAUAAAUAUGAGCAUUACAUCGUAUUGGGGUUAACUGCUGGAGGUUCGCUGAAUUUUUUCAAAAAAGACAUUUCGAACUCUGAACAUAUAAAAUUUUUUACGUCACCCAAGGGUCCACAGAUAUUUGAGCAAAAGAAAUCAAUUAUUAAUAAAACCUGGACGCAUCCCAUGUUGGUCAUAGAAUAUGUCCGUGUUUAUACAACGCAUUCCGACGAAAUGUAGAGUUUUAUGCGUUUUAUAUAUUAUGCAUUUGUAGAUUUAUAUUUAUUUAUAUAUUUGUCGAAU